UCCAUUUCCCUUGGUGUCUUUUCUCCCUUUCUCCUCGGAUCAUAUUUCCUCGACGACAACGCUAGAUUACUUACUGUAUCGGUACAUGCAACUCACGUGUGACCUUGAGACGCCGCUUAACUUACGAGGGCUCACUUACCUAUUGUAUAUUGGCUCAACCUGACUUGACCAUCACACGAGAGUCGGGAUCCUAUCGAUCACUUUCGCCUCCGUCAGCUUUUAGAUCUGACACUGUUCGCCGCCUUUUGCUACAUAUAUACUGCCUUCCAGCAGUUUUCAGCAGUUUUUUUUCGCCGACUUAUACUAAACAUACCACGGAUACAGUCUGUAUUGGAUAACAGCAGAAACAUAUUGGCCAAUUACCCGGAAGUCUGGCCACCCUUAGCGACUCGGCUCCAAGACUUACAGCUCGGAGGGUGUGUUCGACUGCGACUACGAGUGUGUGUGUGUGUGUACUGCUUAGCUGCGCCGCCGAAGGUCCUUUACCCGGCAGAUACCCAAAACACAGCUAACUAAGCGUCUCUUCUACGCCGUGUCCUUGUGGAUCACAUAAAGUUGACCUGAAAUACUUCCAACCAACUGUCUAGCCCUAGUUUGAUAUGUUAUAAGGGGAAAACAACUUCGCAUUCGCUCUCAAUGGGGGUACCACUUAAACUAGAAUUUCAACGUCCGUUAGCUAUCCCUGGUACGCCCCCCGGCCUAAUGAGCCCCAGAUCUUCAACCCUCAAACGCAGGAUAUCCGAAGAAGCGGCAUACGCCUCUUCUAUCCUCCCCAUAUCCCCUCCCAUGUCUAGCUAUGAUCCGAGCACCAGGGCCGAGAUGUAUGGAUUAAGGGAUCCGGAAGAUGACCAAAGCCGAAGGGAUUACUCUAACAAUGCACCCCGGCAGCAGCAGCUACCAUCGCUGAGUAGCUUGUUUGGACCUCCUCAUCACUCCCGCUCCGGACUCUCUCCUAUCCUGGAUCGGCCCAGCCCUGUUAAUGGUACGCAUUCUCCCUUGGAUCGACCUCACUCGAGAAGCUCCUCCUACUUCCCAAACGCCUCUUCGCCACCGAACCAACCACGUAGUAUCUAUGAGCCAAGAACGGAAGUUGAAAGGCCAACACUACCGUCCGUGGCUUCUCAGUUCCCCGGCCCGCUCAGAUCACCAACCCACGAGAUCGAGCCCUCGCAACAUUCAGCACGAAGCGAGCAUGCUUCGGCUUCAAGAUGGCCUGCUUUUGGUCAAGCGGAUCCAAGGCGGGAGUACGUGUUCGAGUCGAGGCCACCAACUCCCCCCUUCAGGCCAGUUACUGCUGACCGCAUGCCGCUUCCUCCCUUGAACCAACGACUGGGCUUCGAGCAAAGCCCAGUAUUUAACAGGAAAGCUCGACUACAUCUAGAGCCGCCAAACCGGUCACCAACUUUAGCCAGCACCAUUGCGCCAGAAGGGACACCUGUGAAAGACGGACUAGGGCCCAAAAUAUGGACAGGGACGCAUUUCCUGCCUCGUUUUGUGAAGCAGGCCGAAGUGCCUGGAGAGGGUUCGUGCUACUUUUAUGAUGAUGGGACUCACUGCAAAACUGUUAUUGAUGGAGAGCCGGUAAAUGCUCACUGGGGUGUGACAAAAGCUGGGAAGCCAAGGAAGCGUCUUGCGAUAGCUUGUCUCACUUGUCGAGAGAAGAAGAUUAAGUGCGACCCUGACUACCCCAGAUGUGUCCAAUGCGAGAAAUUUGGACGAGUCUGCAAAUUCAAGAAUGCCCCUCGUGGUGGCCACAACACUUCACCAGUGUCUUCACCUGCGGAGCAUGAGAUACCCAGGCAACUAUCACAGCAAAAUGGAAUGGACUAUGGGAGACAGAGGAGUAACUCUAGCACAUCGGUUUCGCCACGAACCAAACAUCGCCUGGAGUCUCCUGAAUUAUUACUUCCAGCCAUAUCGGCCAAGAGAAUGAGAUAUUCGUACGAGGAUUAUCCACGGCACGCACCACCACCGCCGAGCAAUCACCCUCCUCCGAUGAUUCCUAUUCCAGAAAUUAGGAGGGCAGCGAGUAGUGGCAUGCCGGCCUGGCAACAACACCACGAAUUGCCUCGAGACAUCCUUUGCCGGCCAUGGCAACCUGACUCGUACGUCUCUAUUUUUUAAGCAAUCACAACCACGAUCAUCCACUCGCAUUAUGGCCACGGCGUCAAU